CAUCCAGAUGUCGGGCAUGCUGGUGGGCGGGAUCUUCUGGGGUCACGUGUCAGAUGGUAUUGGCAGGAAGCCAACUUUCUUCCUGAAUGUGUUCGUUCUUGGCGUGGCCAAUCUUAUCUACUACUUCUCCGUGAACUGGCAAAUGUUCGCUAGCAUGAGGUUUAUCAUAGGUCUCGGCUGUACGGGGUGGAUGGCAGCGCCGCUGAUGUUCGAGUACAUUCCGAAUAGAUGGCGCGUGUAUCUCAUCGCCUUACCAAACUGGGCACUAUGGGGCGGCGCCCUGGCGGCGUUCUGCUACUGGUCACGUGACUGGAAAGAUAUCCACAUUUUCAUAUUGGAUGGUUGUUAG